AUGACUGCCGAGGUCAAUCGCCUGAUCACCAAGAAAAAAUCUUUCGACCCUGACCUGCUUGAAAAUCACAUCCGAUGUGUUUGCCACAAGAUUGCCUUAAUCCUUACUGCUGGUUUCAAGGUCCUUAAUACGGAGAGUAAAGGCUUGAGGAAGUCAAAAGAGACAUUGGGCUUUCUUCCGCUCCUAGAUUCGAUUCCCGAGGAUGAAACCGACGGCAACGAUUCUGGUGCUUUCGCUUCUGGUGAAGAAGAGAUUGGUGAUUCGGACGACAAUGAAAACUCUGACAACGAAAUUAAUUUAAACAAUAAUGGGGAACUCGCUCCAUCUCUGGCAAACCCUGACUCCAUAUCAGGAAUACUGACAAAGGUUGAUUUUGUCAUCCAACGUAUUACAUCUUCUUCUUCAAAACUAUCCAAGUAUGACGUGUGGCAAACCAAGCUUGAAGACCAAGGGCCAACUCUCAUUGCUGGCUACGGGAUUUGA